AAGAAACUGAGGAACUCAUAUUCUGAUCAGACUGAGAUCCUCGCGGUGUUAUUUUGAAAAGCCUGGCCGAAAUUGCUCGUGUCGUUGCCGCAUAGGUUCUUGACGCUCGGUCCCUCAGCUCGUGUCUCCGCAGCGGCGGAGGAACCGGAGCCCGCGGCCCGGACCAGCCCACAACCCGAACCCAGAGGCGAGCGGCCCGGACCUGACCGGCGCGGCGCGCAGACAGAAUGACAGCAGCGGCCACAGAGAGGAGCUCCAGCCGCUGAGAGAGGCUGCUAACCGGGCAGCUAGCAGCGCAAUGACCGCGGAGGGAAGCGGAACGAUCCGCAGCCGCAUAAAGAACCUGCUGCGCUCCCCGUCCAUCAAGCUGCGGAGGAGGAGGAGCGGCGGCGCGGCGCGGCAGCAGGAGGAGCUGAGCGGCAAGGUGACCUUGGAGAAGGUUCUGGGCAUCACGGCUCCAGGGACCCGAGCGCUGGCCUGCGACCCCCGAACCGGACUACUGGCCUACCCUGCAGGGUGUGUGGUCGUCCUGUUGAAUCCUAAGAAGAACAAGCAGCAUCACAUCUUCAACAGCUCCAGGAAGGCCAUCACCACGCUGUCCUUCUCCCCAGACGGGAAGUACAUCGUCACCGGAGAGAGUGGUCACAUGCCUGCGGUGAGGGUGUGGGAUGUCAGUGGGCGUGUCCAGGUGUCGGAGCUCCAGCAGCAUAAAUAUGGAGUUUCCUGCGUCGCGUUUUCCCCCAACAGCAAAUACAUCGUGAGCGUCGGAUACCAGCACGACAUGAUGGUGAACGUGUGGAGCUGGAAGAAGAGUGUGGUGGUUGCAGCCAACAAGGUGUCCAGUAAGGUGACAGCCGUCUCCUUCUCAGACGACAGCUCCUACUUUGUUACCGCCGGCAACCGCCACGUCAAGUUCUGGUACCUGGACCACGCCAAGACCUCCAAGGUGAACGCCACCGUGCCCCUGCUGGGGCGUUCAGGGCUGCUGGGAGAGCUCAGGAACAACUUCUUCAGCGACGUGGCGUGUGGGCGUGGCCGGCAGGCCGCCUCCACCUUCUGCAUCACCUCCUCCGGGCUGCUGUGUGAGUUCAACCAGCGCAGGCUGCUGGAGAAGUGGGUGGAGCUACGGACGGUGGACUCUGCGUCCGCGUCUCAGGCCACCUGUCUCUCCGUCACAGACGAGUUGAUCUUCUGUGGUUGUUCUGACGGGACGGUUCGAGCUUUCAGCCCCGUCAGCCUCCACUUCCUGUGCACCAUGCCCCGCCCACAUUGUCUGGGGGUGGACCUCGCCAGCAUGGUGGACGCCAGUCAGCUGUUCUCCAGCCGGCCCGAGGCCCGGUACCCGGACACCGUGGCGUUGACCUACGACCCCGCCAGCCGCUGGCUGUCCUGCGUGUACAACGACCACAGUGUUUACGUCUGGGACGUGCGUGACCUCCGUGACCCCCGCAGGGCGGGGAAGCUCUACUCCGCCCUCUACCACUCCGCCUGCGUGUGGAGCCUGGAGGUGUACCCAGAGGGGGCGGGGUCAGGGGGAGGGGCUCAGCUGGCCCCCGGCUCCUACCUGUCCUGCUCCUCAGACAACACCAUCCGGCUGUGGAACACCGACGGACACAAGCUCCUCACCAAGAACAUCCUGAGCCAGGACUUACAAAAGGUCAUUUAUUUGGACGACAACGUCUCCACCCUGCUGGACCCCGAGAGUGCCACCGUCACCGGGGGCAACACGGAGAAGGCGGGGUCAUCAGACGGGCAGCAGGCUGACCAGAGCAGGGCAGGCAUUAGGACCCUGAGGGUGAGUCCUGAUGGACAACACCUGGCCUCUGGAGACCGCAUGGGAGUCCUCAGGAUCCAUAAUCUGGACUCUAUGGAGGAGAUCUUGAAUGUUCAGGCUCACGACUCUGAGAUUCUCUGCCUCGAGUUCUCCAAACCAGAGACUGGUCUCCAGCUGUUAGCCACAGCCAGUCGUGACCGUCUGAUCCACGUCCUGGAUGCCAGCAGAGACUACAGUCUGGUCCAGACUCUGGACGAACACUCGUCCUCCAUCACCGCCGUCCGAUUCGUCGCCAAUGAGGGGAAGGUGAGACUGAUCAGCUGUGGAGCUGAUAAGAGCGUCUACUUCCGCACGGCUCAGCAGGUGGAGGGCGGGCUCCAGUUCACUCGGACUCACCAUGUGGUGAGGAAGACGACGCUGUACGACAUGGACGUGGAACCAACCAGGAAGUACGCUGCAGUGGGCUGUCAGGACCGCAGCAUCAGGAUCUUCAGCAUCAGCAACGGGAAGCAGAAGAAGAUGUACAAAGGCUCUCAGGGAGAGGACGGCACGCUCCUCAAGGUGCAGAUAGACCCGUCGGGUCUCUACAUCGCCACCUCCUGUUCAGACAAGAAUAUCAGCAUCUUCGACUUUUACUCCGGGGAAUGUGUGGCCACCAUGUUCGGACACUCGGAGAUCGUCACCGGGUUGAAGUUCAGCAGUGACUGUAGACACCUGAUCACUGUGUCUGGAGACAGCUGUAUCUUUGUGUGGCGUCUCAGUCCAGAGUUGACCAUCAGGAUGAGGCAGCGGCUUGCUGACCUUCGACCUCCCGACUCUGCUCAGACCUCCCAGAAUGCACCUCAGCAGAAAGUGAUCAACCACAGCCGGGAGGUGUCUUCUCCUCGUGUUGUUAACAUGUCGUCUGACAGCGACAAGGAGGAGGAAGAGGAGGAAGAGGAGGAAGAGUGCAGGAGUCCUUAUAUGGUCACAGCAGGGCACCUUGAGGAGGAGACGGAGACGCGUGACGAGACGUUGGACGCUCAGCGCUGCAGAGACCUGAAGGAUGCAGCAGGGGGGCACCUCCCUCGCCGGCGCUGGUCCAGGAGGAUGGCCGGCAACGAAGUCCUGGAGGUGAAGUCCAUGUUGGACCUCAGGCUGCUGGACUUGGACUGUCCUGACAGACAGGCGGAGCUGCGGGCGGAGCCACAGGUGAAGAUGUGCCUCGUUGAUGUUAGCCCCGCCCCCUAUGAGAUGGGCCACUUUGUGGGGGCGGGGCUUCACAUGACCAAUCAGAAGCUGGGGAGCAGCAUCAGUCUGCAGGUCAACACUGCAUGGGACAACGAGCUGAGGACCAAUCAGAGGCCAGACUUCAUCCCGCUGGCCAAUCACAGCCCAGACAGGGAGGCUGUGGUGCUGUAUCCAGACCAAUUGGAAGACAGUGUGAGCCUGGCAGGAAGUGAGUUCCAGGUGAAGGAGGCGUGUCCUGCUGCAGGAAGUCAGGACAAACCCAGUCCAGACAGUGGCUGCUCACUCGGGUUCAGCUCCAGCCUGUCCAGUCCAGACAGACCUGCAGGAGAAGGGGAGACAGGACCUCUCAGUGUGGAUGGACACUCCUCUGAGCUGGAGGACGAAGAGGAGGAGGAGGGAGGAGCAGGAGGAGGAGCAGAGGUCACGACCUCUCUGCUGGUCCCCCAGACUCCAGACCAGGAGGCCUUCCUGAAGGAACACUUUGUGACUCUGGCUAACCUCUCAGGUUCAGGAAGUCCCAGCCGAGGGUCUCACAGCUCCAGUGAGAGUCUCAGCAUCUCGUCCCGGUUCCUCUCAAAGAAUCCUGCUGCAAGCCGAACGGUGUUUCCUCUCCCAUCUCGGCCCACUGGAGGAGGAGGGGAGGCUCGUCCUCUGGUCUCAGAAGUUCGCCCUUUGAUGGGGAAAAACCAGGACCAAACCCAGGACAGGAUGUCAUGGAACCAGGACCAAACCCAGGACAGGAUGUCAUGGAACCAGGACCAAACCCAGGACAGGAGGGUGUCAUGGAGCCAGGACCAAACCAAGAAUCAGGACCAAAUCUCCUUAGUUCAGGACCAGGCACAGUCCCAGAACAGGAUCAACCAGGACCCGCCUCCACAUGUUGUGAACCAGAACCAUCUCCAGCCCGUACGGCCCUCCCCCCUGAAGAAGAAGGUCCAACCCGCGGUGGAGUCCAAGAGGAAUCUGGGACCGACGGGCCAAGCCGCUGCCUCACAUCUGAACUCCUCUCCUGGACUCCGGAAGGCUCAGUCGGUCCAGAACCUGCUGAUGGACUCAGGUGAGUCCUCCGGUCCGCCCAGGGAGGUCCAGCUGCUGCUCCCUCUGCAGCGCCCCACCACCCUGCCCUCCUCCCCGAGGCGCCCCCUGGCCCCUCCCUCUCAGAGACCCAGCCCCGCCUCCCCCAGAUCCCCCCUACAGGAACCAGCCUUUGCCCUCUCCACUACCCUGUUGUCUGCCCCUCCGAGGAAGUCCUCCUCCUCCUCCUCCUCCUCCUCCUCUGCGGCGGCGUCGCGCUCCUACAUGAGUCCCACCACCAGCUCCAAGGCCAAGAUGUCUCGCUCCGUCUCCGUGGGCGACGGCUUAUCAGGAUGUGGCGAGGACCCCCCGGUGACCCCCUCUUCUCAGGCCAAAGACACGCCUCCUCCUCUGGCCACGCCCCCCCAUGCUGCCGUUGUUCCCGUGGUGGCCUCCUCGUCUCUGGGUAAUCAGGCCGCCCCUCCCCCCCCCCGGGGCCUCCAGACUCGGGUCCCCAGCAGGCCGCUGCCGGACAAGCCCUCCCUGGCCUGCGUCUCCCCCCUCCCCCCCCCUUGGCAGGGGGAGGAGCCUCGGAGUCCUGGAGGCAGCAACAGCGUGGAGCCGAGAGCCAGCGCAGACCAGCCAAUCAGCAUGGAGUCCUGCAGGUCUCUGACCAAUGAGCUGCAGAGCUGCUUCAAGAGAGCAACACACCUGUACAGGAGAGUGAGCGGCUCCUCCCAUGGUGACUCCACCUCCGACCAGCACCAGAUGGCUGUCGUCCUAUCGGAGGCCUUCCAGGGAAUGAGGGCGGAGUUAGACUGUCUGCCGCUCGGCGCACCGAGCAUGCUGGGGGGCGUGGGGGGCGUGGGGGGGGACAAGAUGGCAGCUCUGCUGGAGGAGUAUUCUCUGCUGCUGCUGCAGGCCAUCCACCAGAAGAUGGAUCACCUGGAGACACCACACUGAGGCUCCUCCUCCGCCCCUGCUCCUCCUCCUCACAGAUGAAGAUGUGAACUUCUCUCCUCUUAUUGUUAUGCGACCCUCUUUCUGGUCAAACUUUCUCUUGUUUUUAAACUUUUCUUGACGUUAGGGACCAACAUGAGAAGCUUUGAACAAACUUUAUUGUUCCUCAUUCGAAGAACAUUCACUUGAAUCUAAACACACGUCACUUCCUGUGUCCUGAAGCUUUUAUAACUUAUUAAACUCUUUAACACAAAAGGUCAA